AUGUCGCCAUCAUCCUCGCCCAACGGCGACGCCACCGCGGCCUUGCACCGGCGCUCCGAGUACCUCACUGGCAUCCUGCUCCUCCUCGUCGUCGUCAUCCUCUGGACCGCCUCCAACUUCCUCACCAACACGGUCCUCACCUCGGGCUACGACAAGCCCUUCUUUGUCACCUACGCCAACACCUCCAGCUUCGCACUCUACCUCGUCCCCUUUUUUCUUUCCACCCGCCUGAGGGCAAAGGUGUUUGGCGGGGCCAGGACGGAUCGACUGGGGGCGCUCAGGCUCGAUGCAGUGGGCGAGGCCGACAGCGAAUCGGCGAGCGAAGGGUGGCUCAAGAAGCUCGGGUUCGAUCUGCCCCCUUCCCCGUCCGGCCCCGGUCGGGACGAAGGCGAGAGUGAGGCAGAGAGGGGCACCUACCGAUCAGUGGCCAACGACGACCGUGCCGCCGCACCUCGAUCCAGCAGUCCCUUGCUCUCCCGCCCCACGUCGACGUACAGCACCAGCGCACGCCGCAUCUCCCUCACCAACGCGAUCCGGCCCAAUCUCGACCGACCACGCUCUCUGCGCGCUUCCAACGCCUCGCUCGUCUCGCACUCGGCGCGGCCCUCGUCGAUCGAUGGGCGGCGCCCUCGCACAGAGAUCCCGGUCUUUGCUGAGAUUGGCGAGGGCGACCUGACUGCAGCCGCCAUCCCGCCAGACACGUUGCCGCCGCUCACGCUGCGCCAGACGGCGGUACUGGCGUGCCAAUUCACCAUGGUCUGGUUCGGCGCAAACUGGAGCAUCAACGCCGGCCUUGGCCUCACCUCGGUCGCCAGCGGCACCACCAUCGGCAGCGCCAGCGGCUUCUUUACGCUCGGCCUCGGCGCGCUGCUGGGCGUUGACAAGUUCACAGUGGGGCGCAUCGGCGCUGUAUCGAUGUCGUUUAUCGGCGUGAUGCUCGUCACGGCGGCCGAUGCCGGCAGCAGCAUGAGCGGCGGCGGAGGUGCCGGCGGUCUGGUGUCCGCCUCUUCGUCGCUCGUCAAGCGGGCAGUGGAUGGCAGCGGUGCCGCCGAUGGUCCCAUGGCCACGCUGACAGCAGCCGCUUCGCCCAUCAACGCACCGCUGGGCGACAUGCUCGCGCUGCUGUCGGCGUUCCUGUACAGCAUCUACGUGAUGCUGCUCAAGGUCAAGAUCGGCAGCGAGGACCGCAUCUCGAUGCCCCUCAUGUUUGGCAUCGUGGGCGCCUUCAACAUUGUCGCCCUCUGGCCCAUUGGCGUGCUGCUCCACGUCACGGGGGUCGAGACGUUUGCACUGCCGCAGGACGCGCGCACCUGGGCUGGCGUCGUGGUCAACAUGUCGAUCACGCUCGUCUCCGACCUCGUCUACCUCAUGGCCAUGUUGAAAUCCUCUCCGCUGGCAUCGACGCUAGGGCUAUCGCUUACCAUCCCACUGGCGGUAGCGGGCGACGUGUACCGAGGAUCUCACUCGGGCGGGCGACAAGCCGCGCUGGGGAGCAUCUUGGUGCUCGGCAGCUUUGUGGCCAUCGGAAUCGCCGACAACAUCGCGCUGCGCGACGAGGCGUCCCGCUACGUCUCGAUCGGCGACGAAGACGAAGAAGACGACGAUGAGACACUGUCACAGGCCACCACUGACGAGGAGCAGGGGUCGGGAGGGAGACGGUGGAGUCGUAGCCAAGACGGCGAGCAGCAGGAGCAGGAGCACGAGGAAGGUGCGAUGAGGUCGAAUCGAGACGGCGCAUCGUCACCGCGGCUCUCCCGCGAACACGCUGCCGUCCAGGGGAUAGAAGGAGACGCAGCGCAGCCGAGAGGCAGGCGGACACAGAGAUGA